ACAUCUCUGAUAAAGCUGACCACGCUUCAGCCAGUAACAAGAACUGUAAUGACUUACGUUGCAAAGAAGUGCGGUGUCUGCUUUCAGCCUCCAUCCAUUAUCCUGAUCUACAAAGACGAUGGCAAGGAUAAGACUCGCCAGCGCAUCAUGCCUGUCAGAAACUUCUCCAAGUUCUCAGACUGCAGCAUGGCUGCCGAACAGCUGAAGAAUAACCCUCGUCACAAGGCGUACCUAGAAGGAGUCUCACUGCAUCAGCUACAGAAGCUGUACAGUUUGCUGAAAGGGCAUUUGGGAGGAGAGAGCCUGGCUGAGAGCUUGGAAAAGUUUCGGCAGGAAGAGACCAUUGACCCAGAAGAGGAUAUGAACAAACUAGAUGACAAGGAACUAGCCAAAAGGAAGAGCAUCAUGGAUGAGCUCUUUGAAAAGAACAGGAAGAAGAAGGAUGACCCAGAUUUCAUCUAUGACAUUGAGGUUGAGUUUCCACAGGAUGAGCAGCUGGAGUCCUGUGGCUGGGAUGCGGAGUCAGGUGAAGAAAUCUGAUUCCAGACAAAGAUGCCUUGGAUGGGCAGUCCAGAGACAGACCUCACAGUCCUAAUAGAGAGAGCGAUGUCUGCGUACGUAUUCUACUGCAUUGUUUUCAGCUCAUGCAAUUGAUGCAUGUUACAUUGGCUAUGGAGAACCAAAGGCCCA